AUGAUGAAAGCAAAGCAGCAACAGUCUUGCAUUAAAAAGGUAAAACUUCCAGGGAAGCCUGUCUGCUUGAGGGAAACGGUUCCGUUCACUCAUGAAGUAAAUAUCUAUGAGAAAAAUAACUUGACGAAACCAGAGCCACCAUGUGCAGGUGCCUUCAAAGAAAGAGAAACAGGAGGCACAUCGUUCAGGAAGUUCUAUGAACGUGGUGACUUUCCGAUAGCACUGGAGCAUGAUACAAAAGGAAACAAAAUUGCUUGGAAGGUUGAAAUUGAGAAGUUGGACUACCAUCACUACCUGCCUUUGUUUUUUGAUGGUUUGUGUGAAACCACACAUCCAUACGAAUUUUUUGCUAGACAAGGUGUUCAUGACAUGCUCGAACAUGGAGGAUCUAAAAUCCUGCCUGUGAUUCCCCAGCUUAUUAUCCCUAUCAAAAAUGCUUUAAACACACGAAAUCACAAGGUUUUGUGCACAACACUCAAAGUACUACAACAUUUGGUAGUGUCAGCUGACAUGGUAGGUGAAGCACUUGUCCCAUACUACAGGCAGAUUCUCCCAGUCAUGAACAUCUUCAAAGGCAAAAACUUGAAUUCAGGUGAUGGUAUUGACUACAGCCAACAGAAGAGAGAAAACCUGGGCGAUCUCAUUGAAGAAACUCUGGAAGCAUUUGAACGAUAUGGUGGAGAAGAUGCUUUUAUCAAUAUUAAAUACAUGGUACCUACUUAUGAAUCAUGCAUGCUCAACUAA